GGCUGAGAGGCGGCGGUUCGUCGAAGCCCCCCGAACCAGCUCUGCAGUCAAAACCGAACUUUACGUUCAGUAGCCAUGGGAUCCAAGAGGCAAACGGUCGUGUUGUUCUUGGCGGCCCUAACCGUCGUUCUCAGCUCACCUCUGAUCAAUGAACUACAGCCCGGAGAAGAAUGGCCACAACGCAAUUCGGUAAGACAACCGGUAGCUGAUGACCAAACAGAACAGACACUGACAGAGGACUUCUCAACUGACGAUCCGGCCCCAGCCGCAGUUGUUGAAGAUGCAAUAAUAGUAGCGAAAACAAUUGAACGCGAUCAUGAGCCGAAAAAAAUUGAUUACUCCGGUUCACAAGUGUGGCAAGUUUCCACUACAAAAUCUGGAGCUCGUCAAGUAAUCGGAAGACUUCGACGAAGAAACCUGAUUUCUACAUGGGGCGGGAAUCAGUCUUCUGUGGACAUCCUUAUCAAACCGAAUGUCGUAGAAAAUAUUACACGUGUUUUCAAAAGAGAGAGCAUAGACUACAACGUCGUGAUAGAAGAUUUACAAAAGAGGAUCAAUGAGGAAAAUCCGCCGCUAGAUAACGAUGAAAUUGAACUGCAAGACAGACGAGGUCACCGAAUGACAUGGAAACAGUAUCACAGAUUAGAAGACAUUUACGGCUUUAUGGAUUACUUGGCAAAAACCUAUCCUUCUAUCAUCAGUGUGAAAUCAAUAGGAAAAUCAUUUGAAGGUCGAGAUCUUAAGAUACUCCGCAUAUCAAACGGUAAAUCAGACAACAAAGCCGUGUUCAUCGACGGCGGUAUCCACGCUCGUGAAUGGAUAAGUCCCGCAACCGUCACUUACUUUAUCUACCAGUUUGCUGAGUAUUUCGAUGUGGAAUCUGACGAUAUUAAGGGCAUCGACUGGUAUUUCAUGCCGGUCGUGAAUCCAGAUGGAUACGAGUAUACACAUACCGUGGAUCGUCUUUGGAGGAAGAACAGAAAGCCUGGUUACCGUGCUUGCACUGGUACUGAUCUCAACAGAAACUUUGGACAUCAUUGGGGAGGCAAAGGCGCAUCAAACAGUCCGUGCAGUGAAAUAUAUCGUGGAAGUAAUGCCUUUUCAGAACCAGAAACGUUAGCUUUAUCUGAAUUUAUAAAAUCAAGCGCGGCUAACUUCUCCGCAUAUGUUACAUACCAUAGCUAUGGUCAAUACAUGCUUUAUCCAUGGGGAUAUGAUAAUGCAGUGCCUCCAGACUACAAGGAUUUAGAUAAUCUUGGAAAAAAGAUGGCAGAGGCAAUCUCAAAGACCGGUGGUUCUCAAUAUCAAGUCGGUUCAUCUAGUGGUCUCCUUUACCCUGCAGCAGGUGGCUCAGAUGACUGGGCGAAAUCACAAGGAAUCAAAUACUCUUACACUAUUGAACUUAGUGACACAGGACGUUAUGGUUUUGUUCUACCUACAUCGUUCAUUGUACCCGUUGCUAAGGAAAAUUUAGCUGGCUUGAGGGUUCUUGCUAGCCAAGUUAUCAAGGAAUAAUUUAAUAUUGCCAUUGAGUAGAUAGUACUGCAUUUAUGAAUAUAAUCAUAGGAUUGAUGCAUUUAUUUUUAUAAUUAAUUAAUUAUGUGCAUAUUUAUAUUAUAUCUUAAUAAAUUCUACUUUC